CCCUCGUCGUGCGGGCGCGUGCGAGGUGCGGGGCAACGCGCGCGAGCGAGUGACCGGCGUGGGAAUAUUAAAAAGCGGCGUUGGCGCGCGCUGGGCGCUGCACGCGGAUCUGUACCGUUCGGAUCGGGUUUACAGUGAGCGAUACGGUCCCGAUUAUCUCACUUCCUGCAAUAAAGCCGUUGGGGAGGUGGUGGAGAAACAGCAGCUGCUAGAUUUGGUGGUGUGAGGUGCAGCGGGGGGGCGAGCGCAUGAGGAGGGGGUAUCCAGAGACCCCUGUCCCCAAACACACUCGCGCAACGUAGCUACAGGGAGACACGCCCACCAGCAGCCAUGAGGUCCAUCCGCUCGUUUGGGAAUGAUGACCGUCACGUGAUGGCCAAGCACUCCACCAUCUACCCGUCCUCUGAGGACCUGGAGGCUGUACAGAGUCUCGUCUCCACCGUCGAGUGCGCCCUCAAACACGUCUCUGAUUGGCUGGACCAGUCCCAGUGCAGCCAAUCCAACCAACCCAACCAACAAAACCAGCCCAACCCGCCCAACCAGCCCAACCCGCCCAGUGCUCCAGAGGAGGAGGCGGAGGCAGAGGCCAGCGCUGACGAAUCAGCAGAAGGAAGUACCAAUGAGGGCAGCAGCAGUAGCAGCAGUAGCGGUGGUGGUGGUGGUGGAGGUGGAGCUGAUGGAGGGCGGGUACUGUGUGGGGUGGUGCGGAUCGGUCUGGUUGCUAAAGGGCUGUUAAUAAAGGAGGAUAUGGAUCUGGAGCUGGUGCUCAUGUGCAGAGAAAAACCCACACAGACACUACUGAGCACUGUCUGCGACCACCUACCCCAGCAGAUAGAGAAGCUGACGGAGGAGAAGUACGAGGUGCAGUGCUGUAUCCCCGAAGCCGCCAUCCUGAUCCGCAGCACCACAGAACCCAAACUCACACUGAAGGUCAUGCUCACCUCACCACUGAUCAGAGAGGACGAGGAGGAGACCGCACAACCAGACAGCGCUGAGGCGAGCGAGCCGGCGGACCUGCUGGAUAAACAGAGGUGUCUGGUGGCACUGGCCUCUCUGCGACAUGCUAAAUGGUUCCAGGCCAGAGUGAACGGAUUAAAGUCGGGCGUGAUCGUUUUACGGAUUCUGAGGGAUAUGUGUAAUAGAGUACCUGCCUGGGAGCCGCUGAAAGGAUGGCCUCUGGAGCUGCUGUGUGAGAAGGCUAUAGCGACGUGUAACCGUCCUCUCGGAGCUGGAGAGGCUUUACGCAGAGUGAUGGAGUGCCUGGCCUCUGGGAUUUUACUGCCAGGGGGACCAGGGCUGCACGAUCCGUGUGAAAAAGAGCCGACGGACACUCUGUCAGGCAUGACGGACGAGGAGGCGGAGGCAGUUACCUACAGCGCACAGCAUUUUCUCCGGCUGAUGGCGUUCGGGCAGAUCUACAAGGUUUUAGAGAUGGAUCCCCUUCCUUCCAGCAAACCCUCACAGAAAUACCCCUGGUCAGACAAAGAAGGUACAGGGCUUAAAAGGCCUUAUGAAGACGGUCUGAUGGACGACAAAGACCUAAUCAAGAAGAUGAAACGCAACUUGAGAAAAGUUCUGGACAGUAAAGCAAUAGACUCUAAUCAGCCCAUGAAUGCUCUGAUGCGGUUGAACCAGAUCCGUCCGGGGCUGCAGUAUAAGCUGCUGUCUCAGUCUGGUCCGGUUCACGCCCCAGUCUUCACCAUGUCUGUAGACGUAGACGGAACCGUCUAUGAAGCUUCCGGAUCUUCCAAGAAGACGGCCAAGCUGCACGUCGCUGUUAAGGUGCUGCAGGCCAUGGGCUACCCCACAGGCUUCGACACGGACCUGGACUCCAUGAGCGCUGAUGAGAAAUCCGACAGCGAGGGGAAGAGCGAGACGUCUACACACUCCAGCAAUAACACACCACACACAGACAGCUCCAACACACUGGAGGUGCGAACUCAGGGUCCUAUUCUGACGGCGAGUGGUAAGAACCCGGUAAUGGAGCUGAACGAAAAACGACGAGGCUUAAAAUACGAGCUGAUCUCAGAAAGCGGCGGCAGCCACGACAAACGCUUCGUUAUGGAGGUGGAGGUGGAUGGGCAGAAGUUCCGUGGGGCGGGGCCUAAUAAGAAAGUAGCUAAAGCCAGCGCCGCCCUCGCUGCUCUGGAGAAACUCUUUUCAGGACCCAACGCUGCUGGAAACAAGAAGAAGAAAAUCCUUCCUCAGACUAAAGGAGUGAUAGCUGCGGCUGCAGCUGCUACAGCCGUGGCGGUUCAGGCAGCUCGAGGGAGAGGAAGAGCUGCACUUGCGCGUGGAGCUUUCGUCAGCGCUGCUGCUCCAGGAUACGUCACACCAGGUUUUGGAAAUCCAUACGGUUACAGUGCUGCUGCUGCUCCUGCAUAUGGUGGUCUUUUCAUUGACAAUCCCUUUUACCAGCCGCGGACCAUCGCACCUUUUAUUAUUCACUUGGGUCCUCAAGAUCUCUUCUCUGACUUCUAGAACCAUCAGGUUGUGUGGCUCUAAAGUGUCGUACCGCUCCAGGCUUGACCAGGCUGUCUCCACCGCACAGAAAAAACAUCCCAAACCACAAACGCACUCUCCUCCCGUACUGAAAUAGACCUAAACUAAGGAUUUUAAAGGAUUUUUACCCAGUUUAAAUGAUCGAACGAUCAUACGAACCAACAAAUCAACAAUCACUCAUUCACUCAAUCAAACGAUCAAUUAAUCAAUCAAUUACAGGUCGUACGAAAGCAAUACCCCAACCUGCAAUCUGACUCUGUUCUUCAACCUCAGCUCGUCCUUUCCUGACGGCUAAUGGCUAACGGCUAACAGCUAAUGGCUAGCGGCUAACGGCUGGGGCCUUCGCUCUCCUCUCUUUCUUAAUCUCUUUCUCAAUCUCUCUAUCUCUCUAUCUAUCUCUCUUCUUCUCUUAUAUAGCAAUACACCUGAACUUUUCUAGGCUUUAAGCUCAAACUUGAUGAGAUGAUGUGAUGAAUGUUCCGUUGAGUCUUACUGCAACACUGCACUGCAAUAUAUAUUUACAUAUAUUCAUCUAUUUCACUGUAUAUUUACAUCCAUGUGUGUGUGUGUGUGUGUAUGUGUGGCUGUUACUAUUACUAUUACUAUUCUUAUUACUACUCUUAUUAUUAUUAUUAUUAUUAUUACUAUUACUAUUGAUAAUACUAUAAAUAUAUGCAUAUAUACAUAUAUACAGUACUAUAAAUAGUAUAUAUAUAAGUAUAAGUGUAGAUAUACCUUAUGUACUUAUGUAUACUAUAUUUAUAUACUAUAUGAUGAUUUAUAGACUAUGUAUGUAUACAUAUAUACAGUUAAAUAUUGUUGGUAUAAACUAUUUUAGAGAGUGAAAUGUAACCAUUAACUUGGAAUAUAUAUGUAUACAUAGCUUUCCUCCGGUUUUCUAUAUAGAAGCAAUUUAAUCUCGUGACUGAAAAUCUAUUGAAAUGCAAUAUAUGAAUAUAUGAUCGCCCUUUUCUUACUACUACUUACUGGUAGUGGAUUAGUAAUGCUUCCUUCUCUGCACCUUGAGCAGCUUCGACCAUGUCUGUUCACACGAGUGUGUGUGUGUGUGUGUGUGUGUGUGUCUGUGUGUGUUGCAGUGUGUGUGUGUGUGAGCGAGUGUGUGUGUUUAAGAGUGUGUUUGAGUGUGUACAACCAAAGCCUUGAGGUCUGGCUCCAAAAAACAUUAAAAAAAAAUAUAUACUCUUUUCCAUUUUUUUUCCAAUUUAAUACACAGAGCAACACACACGUUUACACACACACACACACACACACACACACACUUACAGGCAACUGGUCCUCAGAAAGCACACCCCCUCUGCACAUUUGGGCUGGUUACACUCUGUCCCACUGUCACACUGGUGCAUAUAAACCACACACACACACACACUUAAACCCAGCAGUGUGAGUGUGUAUAAGCAGGUCCAUUGGGCAGCUAUUGUGACCCAGUCACUCAACUUCACACAAAGUUACAAAAUGUUACAACAAUAGUUAGAAAGUGUCGGCUGCACUCUAGGAAUUUUUUGUAAAUUUGUGAUUUCAAGUAAUUUUGAACUUAAUUUUAAAAUAAGUUAAAAAAGAGUCUUUCAUGGUGCUGUUUUACGUUUUUCCCCUCGUAUUUAAGAGCGUUUUUACACCUGUAGUUGUGAAAGUUUCCAUGAUCCAGAUCAGUGGAUGAGUUAGUUUUAUUUGGAGAGUUUCUCCCUCGGUUUGGUUUGGUUUCACACAGGCACAAACCUAAAUGCACCAAAAACAUAUCGCCUCCUCUGAUUGGUCAGAGCUGUCUGGUGCGUGGUAGCAAGAUAGUAAAUGUAGUCAGUAGAU